CUCUGUCUUAUGAAAACAUUGCAGUUCCCAGACAGAGGAGCCUCCAUGAGGGGAAGGGAGCGAUGGCACCCAGGGGCCUGGCAGCCCCCCGCCAGGACCUGGUGACCUUCAAGGAUGUAUCUGUGGACUUCACCCGGGAGGAGUGGAUGUGCUUGGACCGUCCUCAGAGGGACCUGUACAGGGAUGUGAUGCUGGAGAACUACCGGAACCUGGUGCUGGUCUCACUGGGACAUCCAAUUUCCAAACCAGAUGUGAUCUCCCGGUUGGAGCAAGGGGGCGUGCCAUGGCUAUUGAAAAAAGGAGCCACAGGACAGGCCUGUUCAGAUAGGGAGACUAAGCCUGAAACCAAGGAGUCAGCUUCUAAGCUGUCCACUUCUACAGAGGAAUCCUCACCAGGUAGAUUGAUAAAGGAUUCUCAAGGAUGCAAGUUGGACCGAGCUGGCGAAUAUGCUAGCAGGUCAGAGCAGCAAAUGGGAACCCAGGAAGUGGAGUCCAAGUAUGUCCAGGGGGCCCCCAAGAGAACACCCAGCAAAGGGAGAGGCCAUGAAUACAAGAAGUUUGGAAGAAGCCUCAGCCUGGAGGCCAACACGUUUCCUCAACAGAAACUUCCCAGAGGAAAGUUACUCCGUAAAAGUGAUGCACGUGGGAAGAGCUUCAAACAGUAUUCAGAGCUGGUAAAAGGCAGUAGAAUCUCCUCAGGGAAGAAACUUUCUAAGUACAAUGAAUGUAGUAAGUCCUAUAGUCACAAUGGAGACCUUCUUCAAUACAGAAUACAUAAUGGAGAGAAACCUUAUGAAUGCCGUGAAUGCGGAAAAGCCUUCAGCCGAAGAACAAACCUUACUGUCCAUCAGAGAAUUCAUACUGGAGAAAAACCUCACAAAUGUAGUGAUUGUGGCAAGGCCUUUAUCCAGAGUGCACAACUCACUGUCCAUCAGAGGAUUCAUACUGGGGAAAAACCCCACAAAUGUAGUGAAUGUGGAAAGGCCUUCAUCCAGAGAGCCCAACUUGCUGUACAUCAACGAAUUCAUACUGGAGAAAAACCUCACAAAUGUAAUGAAUGUGGAAAGGCCUUUAUCUCUAGAACACACCUUACAGUGCAUCAGAGAAUUCAUACUGGAGAGAGACCUUACAAAUGUAACGAAUGUGGGAAAGCUUUUAUCCAGAGGGCACAACUUGCUAUACAUCAAGGAACUCAUAUUGGGGAGAAUCCUCAUAUAUGUAAUGAAUGUGGGAAAGCCUUUAACCACAUAUCAGCACUUAAUUCCCAUCAAAGAAUUCAUACUGGAGAGAAGCCUUAUAAAUGUAGUGAAUGUGAUAAAGCUUUCAAUCACUAUUCUUCCCUUGCUCACCAUCAGAAGAUCCAUAUCAGAGGGAAUCCUUACGAGUGUAAUGAAUGUGGGAAAGCCUUCAAUCGAAGAUCAUUUCUAACUUACCACCAGAGAAUUCACACUGGAGAGAAGCCUCAUAAAUGUAAUGAAUGUGGGAAAGCCUUCAGUUACAAGUCUUCCCUCACUCAACAUCAGAAAAUUCAUACGGGAGGGAAACUCAUAUGUAAUGAAUGUGGCAAAGCCUUCAAUGGCAAAGCACUCCUUAUGUACCAUCAGAGAAUCCAUACUGGAGAGAAGCCCUAUAAAUGUAAUGAAUGUGGUAAGGCCUUCAAUUGCAAUUCUUCCCUUACUCACCAUCAGAAAACACAUACUGGGUGGAGACCUUAUGAAUGUAGUGAAUGUGGAAAAGCCUUCAGUAGGAGCACACACCUAACAGAACAUCUGAGAAUUCACACUGGAGAGAAACCCCAUAAGUGUAAUGACUGUGGGAAGGCCUUCAUCCAGUUUACUCAUCUCACUGUACAUCAGAGAAUUCAUACUGGAGAGAAACCCCAUAAAUGUAGUGAAUGUGGAAAGGCCUUCAAAUAUAGAUCAUCCUUUACUUCCCACAGAAGAAUUCAUACUGGAGAGAAACCUCAUAAGUGUAAUGUGUGUGGGAAAGCCUUCACCCAGAUCACCCAUCUCACUGUACAUCAGAGAACUCAUACUGGAGAGAAACCUUAUGAAUGUAAUGUAUGUGGGAAAGCCUUCAAACACAGCUCAUCCCUUACUUCCCAUUACAGAACUCAUGUCGAUGAGAAACGAUAAAUUUAGUGAAUGUUUGAAGUCAUUUCUCUUGGGAAAGACCUUCAUUUGCAUCAGAGAAUACAAACAGUAUGUAAGUAAAAAUGUGGCAGAGCUUUCAACCACAGCUCAUCCCUUACCAUCAGAGAAGUCAUAUUGCAGAGAAGCCUUAUACAAACAGCCCUGUGAAUGUAAUGAGUGUGGUAAGGUAUAUAUGGAAGCACCAUCUUACUGAAAGUCAAUUCAUAAUAAAUAGAAACCCUUCCAUGUGUAGGAACUGUCUCAGUUCCCAUAUUGGCUGCCCCAACUCUUUUCCUCUUUCCUCAAAGCUCUUUCAACCCCUUCACUUCCCAGAGAGUUACAGCUGGUAAUAGCUGAUCACAUUGAGAAGAUCCAAUGUAUAAUCUCUCAACCUCACCCCCACCACCCCUAGGGCUAUCACCUUAUUCUUCAGGCCCCAGGAGAAGCCUGUCCUUAUUUUAAUUAAGGAUAAACCUUGUGCUUGUGCCCUUGAUCUCUUCCUUUCCUGCCUCUUCCUCUAGGAAUGAUCUCUUGUGCAUCCUCAAUCUCUUUUUUACAUAAUCCUUCCUAUCUGUCUGCAAACAUCCUUGGCUCCCCAGUGCUUUCAGACAAAAUGCUUCCCAUCCAUUUCCUUGGCUUCUGCACACUUGUUGCAGAUGUUCUCUACACUAUUUCCAAAAACAUCCUCACCUCCAUGCUUUUCCACUCCCACCAUUCUACUCAAGCCAUUCUCUUCAAGGUCACCAUUGACUCAUCCCCAAAUCCAGUCAUUUUCUAUUGAGUCCUCAUCUCUCUCAGCCUCUUGGAAGCAUUUGACAUGGUUUGUAAUUCUGUCCUCCCUUAGCUCUAGGAAAACUUCUCUGCCCUGAUUUUCUCACUUCUUUCCUGUUAGUUCAUUCCCUUACAGACCCCUUAAGGUAGGUGUGCCCCAAGUUUCCCUUUUGGGCCCUCAUUCUUUCAGUUGAAUCUUCUUUCCUGACUUGAGCCAUAACUUCUAUGCAGCUAACAAAUCUCUAGUUCAUAUUCCACUUCUGUGCAUUCCAACUUGUUUCAGAGACAGGACUUGAGUUUGAAUCCCAGCUUUUGUUUUACUGUAUGUGAAGUUGGCAAGUCUCUUCUUAGACUAAAGUUCCUCAAAGGGAAAAUGAGGGAGUUGGAGUGCAUUGACCUCUGAAGUGUAUGAGUUGUGAUCUUUGCUUUUGUGAACCUAAGUCACCUUGUACUAGAUUUGGCCCAAAGUUCUGGCCUGGAGCUCUUUUUGAAUUCUUAUGAUGUACUGUGCCACUUAUCCUUCCCAACCUGAUCUGCAGUGUGGACAAGGGUAUCAUUCUCUGCCUUUAUCCAAAUUGCACAGAGCCAAGCCUAGGCCAUUGGCUCACUCUCCUGGAGAGCCCCUUCCAAGUUGGCCUGGAAUCAUAAAUGACCAUCUUUGGGUUCAGACACUCAGCAGUUCUGAAUCUCAUUUGGCUUUUACCACCUGUGUAUUUGCUCAAAUCUAGGUAAAUGAUAUUAGUCACAUUUCUUUGUUCUUCCAGUUAGAGAACCACUGAAGACAGCCCAUUGCUGAGCAGUUUCCUUCCUAGGUGUUCUGUAAGCAUCCCUUCAGUUAUAUAGUCUAGAAGUUUGCUAGGAAGUGAGUCGAGCCAUUGAUGUGUAACCUGUUCUCCUUCCUCUUGAAGAUGGUUCCAUUUGCCCCUCUCCAAGUCUGCAGUACUUUUUCUGCCCCCCAUGAUGUUCUGGAGAUCAUUGACAAUAGCUUGUUUAGUUGUUUAAGUCAUGUCCAGCUCUUUGUGACCCCAUUGGGGUUUUCUUGGCAAAGAUGCUGGGGUGGUUUGCCAUUUCCUUCUCCAGCUCAUUUUACAGAUGAGGAAACUGAGGCAGACGGCAGACAGGGUGAAGUGACUCACCCAAGGUCACACAGCUGGGUAUUUGGGGCCAGAUUUGAACUCAUGAAGAUGAGUCUUGACUCCUGAUUUCUAAUACUCUAUCCACGGUGCCACCUAGCUGCCCAACCACAGCAAUCAUAUCUACCAGCUAUUUAAGUACUAAUGUCUUUGUCAUUCAUCUCCUUGGCUGGCAAAAUGACUUGAGCAGCAGUUUGUGAUCUCCUUGCCUGCCCCUGACAGUAGUCUUGUUCCUUGUAUGAGCCUCCUCUGUUACCCAGUGUAGUUCAUUAUUAGGCACACAGAUGGGCCCCAAACUACCCCAAGUCUUACCACUCCUGACACUCAUACAAGACUAGGCUACUUUUGUAUUUCUCUUCUGUUGUGCUUUCUUAACAUGUAGCUCAUACUCUUCUGUAUGCCUGGAAUUUACUCUUUUUUACCUUGUGAAUGUCUACCUGUCCUUCAAGGCCCAGAUCAAAUGUCUCCUUCCUCCACCCCAAACCCUUCUUCCAUUUGUUAAGGAUCCCCUCCCCUCAUCCUGACAACACACAACACCUGGAACCUCAAAAUCAUUUGUGCCUUUCUAAGGCAAAUGUCCUGUAUUCCAAAUUAUUUUCCCUUCUAAGAAGGUAGCCACUUAGGCAAGGGACCCAGUUGAGUAAAAAAAUGCAGAGUAUAACAUGCAUCUGUGUAAGCCCAAGCAGGAUUCCCUAGAGAAGGCGAGGUGGGGGAGAUGUAGCCCUUUGUGGAUGGCACACUGAUUACGUCAGCAUUGCAGAGCCUCCUCUGUAGUGAGAUGGAGCCACGUCUAAGAGGCCACCCAGGAACAAGUCAGUGAAUAAAAGUAUUUCUGUACAGAUUGUGUCAUACCUUUGGAAGAUGAGCCCCUGGAGUUGGUGCAGCAACCUGUUUGGGACAGGCCUUGCAAACGGAUGCUGAGUAGAACCAAAAUUGAGCGGAAGGAGGAGAGCAGGGUCAGUUACAUUUGGAAAAUUGGCAGUGCUUUUAAAGAUCCCAAGCUGUUCAAAAAUGACAUGGAAUCCCAUCUUUUCAAUACAGAUGAUUCCCUGGUGAUGCAGAAAAUGAUAAGGGAUGGGCUAAAAGUCAACCAUGGUAUGUUUCCAGGGAAGAAGGGACAUAAAGAGUUACUGGGUUUGCCAUGUGGCAGGAAUGGGUGAUCUGUUAGCCCAAGUGCCCCAGUGGUGUCUGAAAUGUCCCCAGGGAGGAGGAGGGGUGAUCUUUGGAACAGUGUAGACCAACCUGAAUUUUAUAGGAUGAGAGAACAGGGAUGGGCUGUGAUCUGCAACAGUGGAGGGAAGAGCCAGAAAAAAUCACAGGUCCAUUUUCUUUGUAGAUAUCAUAUCCUCUCAUUAAACUGUUAAUUCCAUGUGGGCAGGGACCAGGUUUUUAUCUAAGUUUUAUAUGUUUCCCUUGGAUUUAGCACAGUUUUCUGUGCCUAUAGGAUACUUAAUAAAUUCAGUUUAUGGUGUG